AUGCCGCCUGUCGGCAAUCCAGACGUGACAAUGGACGAUGCGGACGAGGUAGAUUUCGAUGUGGCGCGUUACAAGGCUCUUAUUGCGCACGUCUUCCUUCCACCUCAACUGCCGGCGGUAGAAGAAAGCGCGGACGAUCUACGCGACACCUCUACCGUGCUGUGUAGCGCACUACUUGAAAGCGCAGAGGAUUAUAUGGAUAAGGCGGAGGAGGAGCAACGCGCGAAGUGGGGAGUCGUGGUGAAGAUGAUCAAGAAAGCGAGGGCGUUCGUGCAAACGCCGAUGACCCAGUCGAGGCUGGCGUCUGUUUUGGAGGACAUGGAUGUUGGAGACGUACUCCCGCUACACAUACGAGCUCAGAAUGCUGCGGUCAUCGUGCGCAAGAACGAGGAAGGGUCCAGCUUCGAAGUCUUCGAAGCAUCAUCCGCGAACGAGACGGUGUACUCUACGACUGGCAAACUGGUCGUUGUCUACCCUGGUCCUGCUGUGCAGGUCCCCACAGAUGUCGUCCAGAAUCAGUCCUUCCGCGACAACCUCGCGCUCUUCCUCUCAAGCAUGGACGUGGACGAACUCGAUUCAACGCCGGAAGCUACAAAGGCCGGCUCUACAGUCAGAGAAGUACGCGACACGACCGAUCCGCGCUAUAUCUCGCAGCUCCUGGUCGGUAUCCUGCUUGGAUGUCAGGGAGCGACCGACGCGAAUGUCACUCGAGUCACGAAACGCGUCGCCGACGAGGUCGUCUGGGACGGCGGACGUAAGCCAUGGCGUAGGCUCCCUCUGUGGCUCAUUCUUCGUGUCGCAAUACAGACGACGCUCGACGAUCGCGACGCGUACAAGUCGUUCAUGGUCUUCUUCAUGGCCCGCGUACUCGACUGGUCUACCAAGUCAGACAAGUCCAAGGCUUCAGGCAGUGACUUCUCAAGCGACCUUCUGGACAUCAUGCACAAGAAGGUCGCCCGUCGAUUUGCGAAGCUCAACGACGAUCUGCCUGCUUUCGUCGUAAAAGCCGUGGAGAAGAUCUGCGAUGGGACCAAGACCCUGCUCGAACGUCGUUGGAAGUCCGUGUUGAACGGGCAGAGCGCGCGCCUCCGGAACAUGCGGGCCGAUCUCGGCGCGGCUCUUUCGUCGGCCGAGGCGAACACAAAGCUCGCGCUCAGCGGAGCGAUGCCGACUUUAACCGCAGCUCUGAACCGCGUAGGAAACACGUACGAGCGCGUAGCUUUCAACCCCGCCUAUCCUCGACGACUCAAGGACAUCAAUGGCCUUGGCGAGUUCCCUGAAGGAGGCUUGGAGGCGGCGCUUAAGCAGGACACCCCGACGCUCGUCUUGGCGGACUUCGAGGAGGUCGUACGUGAGAAAGUUCUCCAUUGGGUUGAGAAGGGGAGAAACGACGCAGAGACUCUGGAGAAGAGCUGUCUCGUCAUCUUUGAGCUUUCGAGGCAGUACCGAGCGGCGACGUCCAAAUACUACGACCGCACGAACCCUGAAGAUCAAUCUAUCGCUGUACUCACACAACUCAUGCUGUGGGCUUCGAUCGACCGCAUCACGAUCAAGGCGUGUCCGUUACUCGAAGAUUAUAGUCCCGAGAUACCCGAUACGUUCCUCGAGCCGCUCGUGCUGCGCGACGAGCGCAAUAUCCGGCUGGCGAACGAACUCGAGAAGUAUCUUCGCGCCAGGCAUGGUCGUGCACAUAUGCGAGACAUCUCUCUCUUUACCGCGUCCUCGGACGCCCGGUCCUUCUCUCGGCGGCUAUACGCUCAAGAUCCGCGCUACGCUUCUCAUAAGGAGAAUAUUGAGGACCGAGCCAAACAUGAUCGUCAGGCGAAGUGCAACGAGCUACAGAAGCUGAACAAGCGAUACGCCGACCUAAGAGCCCAAGCUGCAUCUCUUAGCCAUACUUCGGUUACGGUGAAGGAACUGAGGACGGUUGGACGAGGCAGGUCAGCCCAUACGUUCGAGUCGGAGAGGCACGAAGAUCCUGCGUGCCGGCUAUGUCGCCUCGAAAGAGAGAUGCAGGGUCUGACCAUCGACGUGUACGAGUGGCCGUUACCAGAGGAAGAGGGCAAAGCGGAGGCUGUUGUUGUUGAGCUGCUGUGCCCGCCGACGUACUCGAUGUGGCGCGACGCGACGUUCGACUUGCUCACGCAUACGGGCAAGCUGGCCGAUCCGGAGGAAGGGGAGGAAAAGCGAAGGCCGGCGCAUCCUCAGAUGCUCUUGCCGAACUACGCUGGUCUGCGGAAGUUCAAUCAAGCGCGGUCGGGGAGCGUGAUAUACGGCUCGCUCACUGAUUCGUUCACGAGCACGCAUUAUAGCACGCAGAACAUACCCUCCACCGAGGAGAGGAUCUGCGUCAAUAAUGGACUGAACUACGCAUACGUUGACCGUCGCUUGGGAGGAUUAUGGGCCGGAAAGCUACCCUACGCAACGAGCAGUGUCGCACGCCUUUGUACAAUCACCCUGCCGAAGGGUAGUCGCUAUACGCACCUUCAACACACGAUCAACGGGACCGAGCACACGUCGAACGAAGCCAUCGCCGAUCAGGCGUCUUGCCCCAAAGAACUCAACCUACACGAGCACCUCAGCUUCGCCUCUAUCCGAUCUGGAGGCCGUCUGCAGUGGAUGAACGUUGCGCGCGAACUCCGCGCUCGUACGCUCACUCACAGUACGCCGGAAGUCCAUUUCCUGCUGAUGAUGGCAACGUGGCAACUCGGCCCGCUCGGGCCGGGCGAGGCGCAGCGCGAGUGGCACCUCGAGCUCGUCGAUCCCGCGUUCUGUCGUACUGUUCUACGUGAAGCACGGGCGUUCUUAACAAGCGUUGGGGACAAUUGGAAGGAGACUAUGACAGUGCGGACGAUGAUUCUGGUCGUGCAUCGCGUUUUGGAGGCUUGCCCAGACGACGGCGUGUGCAACGAAGCUCGCGCGGCACUCCGCUUCGCGCGUAUGAUUGCAGCUCGCUUUCGUGACACUCUCAAGACUCGUAUGGAUGGACUGAGGAACGCUCCCGAGGCGGUCUGGCAAGCGGCACAGCGACAAGUCUGCGAGGCAGCGGCGACGUGUGUAUCGACAUACGACGUCUCAUCGGACGACAACAUGGAACUCCUACUCUACUCCAACGAGGAUGUUACUGAACUGAUUCGUAGCGCGGUGGUCGUUCAGGAGCACUUGCCACCGAACAAGAAGGAGAUACCGCUACAUAUGCAACUCCUCCUACGUCGACACGAACGCGCGCUGCUUAGGCUUGAAGCGCGCACGCGGGCGCUCAUUCUCAGAGCUCCGGGUGGGAUGCACGAGGCCAUCAGUACACUGUGGUCGAGCUACCACCCGAAUGGACGGUGGGUUGCCCUGGAGGCCCCAGCUGAACGGCAACUGUCAUGCUCGCUGGAGGGUGCGCAGACGGCGCAUUUCGAUCUUCUUACCGGGACUCUUCUUGUCGGAGGACGGAAGAUCAAUCGGCUGCCGAUGGCUAUCACUACACAUGAGGUGUUUGUGCGCCUCUUCGGUCAGAUGAUCCUGAACAUCGUGCCCGCGGCGGACCCGGAUAUGGAGUAUGAGACCAGACAGGCGAUCUCUGAGUCUCAAUGGACGCUAUCGUUCGCCCUCCGUCCCGGUGAUGUCCUUCUCAUUCGUGCGCGCCCUGCGGCGGCGGGAAACCGGCGUGAUCAAUCGCUCGAGCUCAUACCGCACACCGCAUUCUCUGGCGACCUUCCACAGGCCUUAGCCGAAGACUACGUACACUGGUUGGAUCUUACAUCUGGCGAAGUCGAGUUCCGCCCCAAGAACUCUCCUUGGACUGUCAACCAGAAGAACUGGCGCUUGAUCGGCUUAAGGCAGGGCGCUCCUCAGUUACAACUCGGUCAAUCUCGUGUUCGUCUGAUCGACCCUCACUCGAGCUCCUUCCGCACCCUGCAUACUGUCCUGGGUGUCCUCGAACUCCCGCAGUUUAUGAUCAUGACGGUGGACUCGAAGAACAUACGCGUCAAGCUGUCCCGGUUGCGCUUAUCUUUCCUCCUCGAGAACGGUACUCGGAGGCUUGUGUGCGAGAGCAUCCACGGGAUGAUUGUCGACAUGACCGAUCAGUCGUCGGGAACGCUCCUAGGCUUGCGUAGCCAGCUUGCACUCAAGGAUAACGCGCAGGCCAAGUACAAACUCCCAGGCUCGCGGCGCGUCAUCAUUCCCCACGGGACCGUCGUCUUUGCGCCCGACGUAUACGGUCACUCCAUCGUCGAGAUACAGGUCGAUGAGAAGCCCUCGCAAGUAGCGUACUAUGAUUACCGGAUCGACCAGGAUCUCGGCUGUAUGGCCGGAACAUCCAACAUCACCGAGCGCCUAUUCCUGUGCUACCUACACGCUGUUACCAGUAGCAGCCUGCCUGAUCCUCUCACCGGCCUCACUGGCACGGAACAAGCACUACAUGAUCUCAGUGGCGCGCGGGUGCUAUCCUUCCAGUCGCUUUCGGCCGUAGACGUGGCGAUAGUCAAAGCAAUCGCGGCGCUUACGCCCCAGCGAGUCUUCUUCCCGAAGCAUCUCACUGGCAUGCAGCAGGUCAAGUGGAGCGCACUUCCUUCGCUGUCGCAGCAUACAGGCUUUCACCGCGCUGCCGAGUUCAUUCUUCAAUAUGCUCGCGAUAUGGCGCUCUUCCAAGAAGGCACGAGCGCGGGCGUCAAGGCGGAGUUUCUCGCGAAGAGUCUUGAUUCGAUUGGGCGUGGUGACAAAAUACUGCUCGAACGUGCUGCACAACGUGCCGCAGGUCUGUAUGCGGCCGAUACUACCUUCAAUGUCGAGGCGACGCGAAACGGGGAUCUGAGGUUCGACGGACGCCAUUCAAUCGACAGUACGGGCUCCGCGGAGGGAGCAUCGGCUAGCAUUCUCAAUGUCGCCCACCUGGCGAGGGACAUGCAGGCUCCAGCAGAGGUGCUUCAGCUGUCACAGUUCAACAUCGCCAAUGUUGCCCUCUCCCAGUCUCUUGUCAACACGCUGUCGUCGGCAUCGUUGUCGUACAGCAUGGCCUGGCUGCAGGGUCUCAACAUCUGGGCGUAUUUCCUCUCCUACUACCGCCGCUGCCUCGAGUACGACGAUGGUGUCAUGGGUCACAACCGCUUCAAGCUCGUCUUCAGUCUUUGCUCAUUCGCGUUCGGACGGCCGGCGAUGCGGGAGACCGUCAUGCUGUUGCUGGCGCUCUGUCUGAACAACAGGCUCCGGCAUGAGCGCCCCGCUGAGCUAUACGCCCAUGGCCAUCAACAACUCACUCUCACGGACGGCUUCUCCCCCAAGCGCAGUGACGUUUCGGAUCACAUUCGGCACUGCUGCACGCGGCGGGAAGACACACCGGCAGACAGACUUGUACGACGCGCGACGGAGACGUUGGUCGAGUUCGACCAGCGCAAGCAACGUGAACGCGUACGCUGUACGCAGCUUGCCCGGGACGACUUGGCCGAUCUUUGGAUGAAGCAGUGGGAGCGUGCGAAGCCCUCGCUGACUCGUGAUCGUUGGCUCGCCGUCGACUUCGGGGCGCUCAAUUUGGGCGACUCUGCACACGACAUAGCGUUGUGGGUGCAUAGCUCGGCUAAGAAGACGGAGUCGGUCUCGUCUUACAUGGAACGAUGCAAGCUCAACGAGAUAUUCUCGCGUCAUCUGAAUCGAGUACAGGCUGAAUUGCGAAGUGCGGUGGUCCCUGCACCUGAUGUAGAGAUGCUCGCCCCACUACGUACCUCGUUCGAGCCAUCCGUCUCAGCGCCGAUGCAGACCAAUGCAUCGUUCGCCACUCUCUUGGCGACCCGAGCACCGCCUGCUGUAACACCACCUACGAACAACGUGACUGAAGCGUCGCAGAAGCCCUCAUCAGAGCAGUCCACGGCCAUGGGCGACCUACGCAGUGUACUUGACGACCUCCAAGAUCUCUCCGACUCCGAGAUACUGCGCACAUACGUGGAGGAUCUCACUGGGAGCAUCAGAGACUCGAAGUCUGUGCCAUUCACUUCCGCUUCGACCCUCCCCAAGGACGUCUCCAACCUUACAAGUCUGCAUCCCAAGGCAGAGAAGCAGCAUGAGCGCACUCUGGAAGACCGCACGUCGCUGAGGAAAGCGCUUGAAGCCCGGGCACCGUCGGAGCGUCGGCUUGAUGCCGCGGGCUUAUGGCCGAAAACCCCGACGCGCGCUCUGCUCAGCCUUUUGGGGAGAGAUAAGAUUGGCGAUGUGCCGAAGGCGUGGCGUUCGGCAGUGACUGCGUUCGGACGCAGUGUUCUCGUCUAUCAACGGUUCCAGCGUUUGCUCCAUUCAAUCUCAAGUAAACGCCCCGAGGAGGCGUUGAAGGAGUUGGAGAAUGCGACUCUGGAUGACGCGGAGGGAGCCCUAUACGAUUCUCCGGACUGGCUAUUGAUUCAGAUCGACUCGAACUUCCUCGCGCGCCCAGUGCAACGUUCGAUUGCCCAGGACAUGAUCACCCCGGCCUCCGGGCAGAACUCGCUAUACCAACUCAACAUGGGAGAAGGAAAGUCCUCCGUGAUUGUACCAUUCACCGUCGCUUCGCUCGCCAAUGGCGAGUCCCUGGUCCGCGUGGUCGUGCUCAAGGCGCUCAGCAAUGCCAUGUUUGACCUGCUCGUCGAUCGCCUUGGCGGACUCCCCAAUCGACGCAUCUUCCAGCUACCGUUUUCGCGCGACCUUUUGAUGACCGAGGAGCUGGUUAAGACGAUGAAGAACCUGUGCGAGACGUGCAUUCGCGUCGGUGGGAUACUGGUGAUCCAACCUGAGCAUAUCUUAUCGUUCAAGCUCACGGGACUCGACUACCUAAUCUCGCAUUCUUCUGAACAACCCAACGACAUCUGGAACCUCGCUACAUCACUAUGGAAUUUCAAACGUUGGCUCUCAGAGCGCACGAGAGACGUCCUCGACGAAAGCGACGAGCUGCUGCACGCGCGUUAUCAGCUGAUCUACACAGUCGGCCUUCAACAACCGAUCGACGGACACCCACAACGCUGGACUAUCGUGCAACAGGUCCUCCUAGUUUUCAUAGACUGCGUCUCGGCGCUAGCCGAUGCCCAUCCACGUAAUAUCAUCUUCCACAAUGAAGCAGGAGCAAAGUUCCCGACCAUCCGCCUCCUGAAUUCAGAUCUCGACGGCGAGCUCACCGGCAAUAUCAUCGACCGGAUCAUGUCUGGCGCACUUCCAGAUCUGCUGUUCUCCACUUUAUCGGGAGAGGCUCGGGCGGCCAUCACGGAAUUUAUUGGCUCGCCUGUUCUCAGCGAUGCCACAUAUUCGCGCGUGCGCCAAGAUCUGUCGGAGGACAUCUGGAAGGGCGUACUUCUACUUCGUGGGCUCCUGGCACCUACUUCCGGUGUCCUGUUAUACGUCUUCAAACAGCGUCGCUGGCGGGUAGAUUUCGGACUCGAUCCCACGCGGUCGCUACUUGCCGUGCCCUAUCGGGCCAAGGACGUUCCAAGCACAAGAGCGGAGUUCGGUCAUCCUGACGUCGCCAUCCUACUCACUUGCUUAUCAUACUGCUACGGCGGUUUGACACCGAGUCAAGUCGUUCUUUGCUUCGACCAGCUCUUCAAGAUGGACGAUCCGCGACAGGAGUACGCGAUCUGGGUCGGUGCCGGCGGUGCCAGUAUACCGCAUGAAAUUUCAGACCUCUCAGGAGUCAACCUGGAUGAUGCAACGCUGGUGGAGACCAAGCUCGUGCCCACGUUCUCGUUCAGCUACGCAGUUGUCUAUUUCUUCCUGAACCGCGUCGUCUUCCCUCGCGAGGCGAAAGAGUUCCCUCAGAAGCUUGGAUCCUCUGCGUGGGAUCUCGCGGAGAGAAAGCCAAACGUCACUACUGGCUUCAGCGGCACGAAGGACAAUAGAUUUUUACUGCCGACGACGAUUUCACAGACGGACCCGCCGGAGCAGCGCGGGACGGAUGGGCUAGUGCUUUCAUACAUGCUGCGCCCCGAGAACACCUACAGUGCCUACACCGGCGCCCAAUCUGGCGAGGAGUACCUGCAAUUCAUUGUCAAGCAGGAGCCCACGAUUUGUGUGCUACUCGAUGUUGGUGCGCAGAUGCUCGACAUGAGGAAUCAGGAGCUCGCACGGCGUUGGCUCGAUCUCAGUGAUGAUACCGUACAGGCCGCCAUCUUCUUCACAGACGCGGAUGAUCUCGCGGUCUUAUCUCGCGAUGGGGCCGUAGAACGCUUGCGGUCUUCCCCGUUCAAUGAACAGCUUGACAAGUGCAUCGUGUAUCUUGAUGACGCGCAUACACGUGGAACCGACCUGAAGUUGCCCAAGGAGUAUCGCGCGGCGCUGACACUCGGUCAAAAGGUCACGAAGGAUCGCUUGGUACAAGGUGCAAUGCGGAUGCGCAAGCUUGGGCAUGGGCAGUCAGUUCUGAUACUCGGCCCGCCCGAGAUAGACAAUGCUAUACGCAAUAUGACUCGCGUCGCUGAAGACGAAGAGGUGGACGUCCGUCAUGUUCUUCAAUGGGCGAUGCUCGAGACGUGCGAAGAUAUCUCCCGACACAUACCUCACUGGGCGGAGCAGGGUGUAGAUUAUAUGCGACGAAGGCAGGCGGAAGGCGCGUACGACGGUGCACAGGAUCUUGACUCCCUGAGGCUUGGCUGUCUGAGACCAGAGGCUCGCACACUGGACGAGAUGUACGGGACUACAGAGGCCUCGCAAGCCAAUGAAAGUCUGUGGCAGCGCGUGCAGUCAGUCGAGGAACUCCGGGCCCACCUGACGCGGUUGGGUGUCACCUCGCUUGGGAAUGCCCGCCUAUCCGAAGAACAGGAGCGAGAGGUCGUGCUGGAGGCUGAGCGCGAACGACAAGUUCAACGGCCACCAAAGGUCAAUCCGGCUAUGCACCUUUUACACCCGGACGUCCUUCAGUUUGCUCAGUCGGGUCACAUUCCUCCGCGCUCUUCGCAGUUCGCGGGCCUCUUCAGUUCCGUCCAACGCAUACAAGACGCGUGGGAUCCACGUCUGCUCACGACACGGGACUUCGCCAUCACCCUCGCUACCCCUCAUACGCUACCAGCUCUUCAUGACUAUAUGCGACCGGUUUCCUGGGUGCUUUCCUACGGCUUUGACCAUGUCGAUUCGGACAACGCCCGUUUGGUCUCAAUCUCGCCGUACGAAGCCAAUCGCUUGGUACCUAUUCUAAGAUCCAGCGCGGUGACCGGAGUUCGCUUGCACGUCUUCACACCGCGACUUGUGAAGAGCAUGCCCUCUAUGUCUGACCUGUGCUUCCACGUCACCCCUGCACCGCCCGUUCCCACGUUCUCGGUGCCGCGACUGUUGUGUAGUCAGUUGGGCCUAUGGGCGGGCGAGCUAUGGUUCGACGACUACGCGACCUACAAGCAACUCUGCGCGUUCCUCGGACUAUAUAUGGGAUGUCCGCCGGACGAGGUCAAGCGUUUGCAGGAGGGUGGCCAUAUUGGCAGCGAUGGCUUCGUUCUCGUCAAUGGACGCUCGCUCCUUGCUGCCCCCUCCUUGUUCCAACAUAGCCCUGUCCAGAGACUCCGCGACCUUUUUGCGUACAGAAGGAAGAGCGUGGACUACACGUCUACGCACGUUGGACGGGUUCUCAGCGCUCGCGAGCUGAGAGAGGGGGAAGAUUGGGCAUUGUGA